GGACGUUUUAAAUAGGCUGGUCGGUGGGGGAGGGGAGAGUGAGAGACGGAGCCGGUUGUGUGUGUGGGAGAGAGAGAGAGCGGCUGAGGGGGAAAGAAAGCUCCGCAACCGGGAGGCAGAGCUCAGCAGACGCCCAAGAUGGCCAGCCGGACUAUGCAAGCAGCGCGAUGUCCAACAGAUGAGUUAUCGUUGACCAAUUGUGCUGUUGUGAAUGAAAAGGAUUUCCAGAGUGGCCAGCAUGUGAUUGUGAAAACUAGUCCAAACCAUAGAUUUGUCUUCACUGUGAAAAGUCAUACCACCGUGCUUCCAGGGAGCAUUGCCUUCAGCCUUCCGCAGAGAAAAUGGGUGGGGCUCUCCAUUGGUCAGGAAGUGGAAGUAUCUCCCUAUGGUUUUGACAAAACAAAGCAAUGUAUUGGUAUCAUGAUGAUUGAGAUAGACUUCCUACAGAAGAAGAGUGUGGAUUCAAACCCAUACGACACUGACAGGAUGGCAGCAGAAUUCAUUCAGCAGUUCAACAACCAGGCCUUUUCUACAGGCCAGCAGUUUGUGUUCGGUUUUAAUGACAAGCUCUUUGGGUUACUUGUGAAGGAUAUUGAAGCAAUGGACCCCAGCAUUCUGAAGGGAGAGCAAGCUUCUGGCAAGCGGCAGAAGAUUGAUCUUGGCCUGGCCAUAGCCAAUUCCCAGGUUAUAUUUGAAAAGCCAGAUAGCUCAUCUCUGACACUCAUUGGCAAAUCUAAAACCAAGCAGGGAAGACAAUCCAUCAUUAACCCAGACUGGAACUUUGAGAAAAUGGGAAUCGGUGGCCUCGACAAGGAAUUUUCCGAUAUCUUCCGCCGAGCGUUUGCUUCAAGAGUUUUUCCAGUAGAUCUUGUGGAACAGAUGGGUUGUAAACACGUGAAGGGUAUUCUGCUCUAUGGCCCACCAGGAUGUGGGAAAACCUUAAUGGCUCGACAGAUUGGAAAAAUGUUGAAUGCUCGUGAACCCAAAGUUGUGAAUGGCCCUGAAAUCCUCAAUAAGUACGUGGGUGAAUCUGAAGCGAACAUUCGUAAACUCUUUGCAGAUGCAGAGGAGGAGCAGAGGAGGCUUGGGGCAAACAGCGGCCUGCACAUCAUCAUAUUUGAUGAAAUAGACGCCAUUUGCAAGCAAAGGGGGACCAUGGCAGGCAGCACGGGCGUACAUGACACAGUUGUCAAUCAGCUGCUUUCCAAGAUAGAUGGAGUGGAACAACUGAAUAACAUCCUUGUUAUAGGCAUGACUAACCGACCGGACUUGAUUGAUGAGGCUCUCCUACGACCUGGCCGAUUGGAAGUCAAAAUGGAAAUUGGCUUGCCAGAUGAGAAGGGGAGAGUGCAAAUUCUGAAUAUACACACAGCAAGAAUGCGAGAGCACAGUCUGCUGAACGAGGAUGUUGAUGUUCUUGAACUCGCCCAAGAGACUAAGAAUUUCAGUGGUGCUGAGUUGGAAGGGCUAGUGAGAGCUGCUCAGUCAACUGCAAUGAACCGACACAUAAAGGCAGCCACCAAAGUGGAAGUUGACAUGGAGAAAGCUGAGAAACUACAAGUAAUGAGGGGAGAUUUCUUAACAUCGCUGGAGAAUGAUAUUAAACCUGCUUUUGGCAUAAACCAGGAAGAUUAUGACAGUUAUAUCAUGAAUGGAAUCAUUGUGUGGGGCGAUCCAGUCACACGGGCCCUGGAUGAUGGAGAGUUGCUUGUCCAGCAAACCAAGAACAGUGACCGCACUCCUCUGGUUAGCGUCUUGUUGGAAGGGCCUCCAAACAGUGGCAAGACCGCACUGGCUGCGAAAAUUGCUGAGAAAUCUGGAUUCCCCUUCAUUAAGAUCUGCUCUCCUGAUAAGAUGAUUGGAUUCUCCGAAACAGCGAAAUGCCAGGCCAUUAAAAAGAUCUUUGAGGAUGCAUACAAGUCCCAACUGAGCUGUGUUGUGGUUGAUGACAUUGAGCGACUGCUGGAUUAUGUCCCAAUUGGCCCACGCUUCUCCAACCUGGUGCUUCAAGCUCUGUUGGUCCUGUUGAAGAAGUCAUCUCCACAUGGCCGUAAGCUGUUAAUCAUUGGGACCACUAGUCGUAAAGAUGUCCUUCAGGAGAUGGAGAUGAUGGAUGUUUUCAGCACCAGCAUCCAUAUUCCUAACAUAAACACAGGGCAACAGUUAAUGGAAGCUUUGGAGCUUCUUGGCAGGUUUGAUGAUCGAGAACGAGCGAGAAUCACACAGCAUGUGAAGGGGAAGACUGUGUGGAUUGGCAUUAAGAAACUGAUGAUGAUAAUUGAAAUGUCACUGCAGAUGGGGCCUGAGCAUCGUGUGAACAAGUUUCUAGCACUGCUGAAAGAAGAAGGAAGUGAUCCUCAUCGCCGGGAUAAUUGGGAAUAGAAAAAGGAAUGCAUAUUUGGUGGGCAUUGUGAAUAGCAACCAACAAAUGAAGCACUGACUUGACCGUUCAACUUGGGAAAAGUGAAUCAUCAGUCUAAAAUCUUAGCAUUUUGCAUGUUCCUUGCAAAGAAAAUUCUCUUACAUGUCUUAAAUUUUUAAAAUAAGACAUCUGCAUUCUUGGUUUUACUGGUUUUUAAUAUUGGAAAUCUACUAAAUUUUUUUCAAGGAUAUUUUCAUUUGUUGCUGUACAGAGUUAUUUUUCAUCACCUUUCCCUCCUACCCUAUCCCAACCCCCUCAAAUAAAAUUGAGUAUUAUAUCAUUAAAUUGCACACAUGUGGGCUGAAUGGCAUUGUGAGGGAAUUAUAAAAUCCCAAACAGUAUCACUGCUUUGGAGCCUUGGAAUAUGUUGGGUUGGUUCUUUACAUGGAAAUCAAAAAUAAUUGCUCUAUCGGAAUUGGGAGAUGAAGAAAAUCUUACAACAGUGCUUUGCGCCGCACAGUUGCGCAUCUAAGUAGGAAUUGGUUGCAUUUGGGGUAUACUGUAUCCAAGCAAGUCUUGUAUCAGCAAUACAGGGACCACAGGCUGACCUCCACUUACAGGCUGAAUUUUCUUUGGGUAAACAUUUAUGUUUAAUGUUGGCCAGGUUUUUGAGUUUUAUGCAAUGGAAAUACUAAAGUUAGUAUUGGCUUCUUACAUUGUGUGAAUGUCUAUUGAGCGACCACCCUGCAUCCCCUCCCCCACCCACAAAUUAAUGCAUUUAAAAAAUUUUUGGUUCCCUAUACCUUGCUGAUAUUUUUUAAAAUUAAGUGCAGUAUAACCGUGCACAAAUUGGAGCUUUCUCCUGGAUAAUGUAGAAUAUAUAUCAAAGCCUUGUGUUUGUCCAUCUGCUACAUUUAUUUUCAUCUUGUCAAUCUAUGCUUAUGUUGCACAAGUUUUGUUACAGUUUAUUUAAUUGCAAUAGGUUGGCAUUUCCUUCUGUUCCUGCAACAACGAUGCCAAAUGCUUUACGAACAUGAAUAUUAUUUUCUGCUGUCUUUUUCUCUCCCUGAUCCUGCACUUCAGUGGAAUCAUUGGUUGAAAAAAUUAAAUUCUAUGCAAAUCUC